AUGAAGAGAAAGAGAGAUCAGGCGGAGAUGGUGCCGUCGGAGAUAAGGGCCGCCAUCGACGAGCUGUUGCUUUUGGCGGCCGACGGCAAGAGUAGUGGUGGCGCCGCCGUGGCUGACGGUGGUGAUGGUGGUUGUGACCAGAAAACUACUGUUCGUCAUUAUCUUCCUCUCAAGCCUUUCCUUGCUCUUUGCAAUUUGCUCGUUCAAGUUCUUGAUAAGAUUGGGCCAACGAUGGUUGUGCUGAGACAAGACAUUCAUAGCAACAUUGAGAGAUUGGAGAAGUUCCAUGAUUGUGAUCCUUCAAUCUAUAGUGAUGUGGUUGAGAUUUUGAAGAAAGAGGCCAAUGAAGGCAAGGCCAAAAAGGGUGCUUCUUGCAGCAAAGCCUUUGUUUGGCUCACUAGAUCACUGGAUUUCACUCUGAUUUUGCUACAAUUGCUCGUGAAGGAUUUCGGGAGAAAUUUGGAGCAAGCAGUCGAAGAAUCCUAUAAUGUUGCUCUAAAACCUUGGCACGGUUGGAUUUCUUCAGCAGCAUAUAAGUGGCUCUCAAGCUUGCCUGAUAAGAACAACUUCGUUAAGAUUCUCAAAUCCGAAAACGAAGAUGAUGCUAAGCUCAAGGAGGAAAUGCGAAGACUUGUUUCUCUACUUGCGCCCGUUUCAGAGCAAAACAGAGAGGUUAUGGUGAGUAGUAAUCAAAAUUGUUUUGUGUUCAUUAAAUCUCCAAUAUUUGCAGAGAGCUUAUGGACUGGACAAGAUGAAAUGCACUUGAUGAUGGAUAUAAAAAAUCUUCGAUAUAACGAAAAAUGCGACUUCACGAAUUCACUUUUGCUUGUUUAA